GUAAUCCAAGAUGGCGGUCAGCCCGUACGUAAGUCGGGCGGAGUUGUGGCUGGCAAACUCAAGUUUUCGACCAACUUUCCACCUUCCAAAUGACUUCCAUCCCAGUGUUUUUCUCAAGUGGUUCCCAGGACACAUGGCAAAGGGUCUGUCACUCAGCGCUGUUGAAAUUAUUUUCGAUAACACUGAGGAAACAAUCUCCAUUAUGACAACUCAUUCAUUGUUGAUAUAUUUGUUACAGCUUUACGUAUGAUGCAACUCCGAUUACAAAAAUGCGACUGUGUUAUAGAAGUUCAUGAUGCGAGAAUAUCCUUUUCAGUGCAAAAAUUUGUAUGAUUAAAGUAAAGCGAUUAUAUGCAAACUUGCUAGAACAACUCAACCCCCUCCCCCCACCCCGCAACACCCCCACCCCCUCCUUCAGCCCGCUUCUGGGUGGAGGAGAUGACGUCCUGAAAACAAGGCUGACUUAAAGUACUAUGUGUGAUCACCUGUAUGUAAUGGAGUUUCCAAACAGUAAUUUUUUGCACUUUUUAAGACCUGAGGUUACAAUAAAGAACAAUACAGUAAUUGUCAUCAAAGAUGUACACUUACCAAAGUAAAGGACCUAUAAAUAAGCUGUAAAGCCUAUUCGAGAUGUAUAUAUGUGCCGACCCAUACUGAUCUUUUGGAGGAUGCAUAUUUACAUGUAUUAAACAGUCAUGUUUACAGAUCUUUCCCUCAAGGUACUGUUUGUGCUACCCAAAUCCUUGUUCCUUAACUUCACUUAAAUUCCCUUUUCUGGAAGAAAUCCUAAGUUAAAAGAAAAAUUACAAGGCCGACCACAUGUCUUGGUGCUGAACAAGGCAGAUCUCUUAGGAAAUACGAAGAAGAAACAGGUACAAUAUUUUGAAAUAUUGGAGCCUCAUGUUUUUUGUGUUUUAUAGUAAGAAAGGAAAUAGUGGAUUUACUUACACCCUGGUAAAAUUCACAAAGAGAACCUGCAUAUAGGAUAUUUUAAUUGACUUUUAUCCUAAUUGCCUAAUUCCCUGCUCUGCUAAUUGGCUGGGACUUGUUUGAUGAUAAUAAUAAUAUGACCAUGACUUUUAUUAUACACAUGUUUUUAUCUGAAUUGAAGGAUAUCCUUACAUGUCUGGAAGAUGACGGUAUCAGAGCAAUGUUUACUGACAGUAAAGCACAGUAUCAUCAUAGUAUCAGAAAGGUAAAGCAUGUCUAGGCAACUCUACUUCUUCACCUAUCACAAUGGGGAACUCCCUGUAUGAAUAUCUAAGGGCGCAGAUUUCAUCACGCACAUCCCAUCAAAUCGUUGCUUUUUCAGGUGAAAUCAUUGUAUACCAAGAACUGUUUUGUGCGGUAAUGUUACUAGUGAGGGAGCCCGCCCCCAGACCCCGCUAGGAGCUUGCACCUUUGGUGCUUGUUUAGGAAAUCGGUCAGUAUUUAUCCUAGAUCCACGCCUGGGAGGAGAGGUGCUAAAAGGGAGGAGGGGGGGGGGAAGGGGGACUUAUUCUAAGAAAUAGAGUGUGUAUCAUUGAAAAAGUAAGCAAAGAAUUCUAUUGUCUCAACAGAUAAUUCCCACGGCCCUAGAGGCUAUAAAGGAUGCAGAAUAUGAGGGAACAUAUAUCAGACCAGUAAGUGUGAUUCCAUAAUCUACUCUAAACUUUUUAAAUCGUUAUAUCACCAAAGGUCUUUAUGAUCUUGUUUGAUGAAGAAUAUAGAGCAUUGUUAGGGAUGGGUCACAUGUGCUAUGCAAAUGCACUGGAAGCACAAGCACAAAAGAUUCUAAUUUAUCAUAUUAUUGAAUGAAGAUGAUGUGAACUGCAAGAUUACAAACUUAAAUGAAAAUAUAAUCAUCGCAGCAGUAAUUGCAAUUUAAACAGUUUAAUUGCAAAUUAAACUGGAGAAAAUAUCAGUGCUUCAACAGGAUGCACAGUAGUGCUCUACCCGCUGAGCUUCGAAGACCAAUGCACUGGAAGUUGGCCAAUUUGUCAAGUUUAUUUAUCCGCGUACAUCAUUUACUAUUUGAUAUUAAUUUAUUAAACCUAAACAAUUUUCUUUCAAGGAACCAGACAAGCCUUACAACAUUCUAAUCUGUGGUUUACCAAAUACUGGAAAGUCUUCAUUAGUCAAUGCACUGAGAAGAAAAUACAUGAAGAAAGGUAUGGGCAAUGUUUUUACUGGAGAAGGGACUGCCAUAUUAUGCUGUCAUCCAAGCCACAAGAAGGUCUAGCCAUUUGCAGAGCAAAGACAAUACCUUCAUCUCUCAGUUAUAUAAGACACAGACUAUUCCAGGGAUCAAAUUGUCGACCUCCCAAAUUGCAGUCUAGUGCUGUACCCGUUAAGGUUGUCCUGCCAUGAUUAUGGGGUUUUUAUUCUCUUUCUCAACUGUAAUGUCAAUUCUUGAAACUCUGGUUCUUUGAUUUGUAAUAAUUUGUUGAUGUAAUUUCUGUAAUCAUUGGUCAUGUUAUAGUUUAUGUAUUUCAGGCAAAGCUACCAGAGUUGGAGCAGUUCCUGGGAUAACCACAUCUAUUGAAAAUAGAAUCAAGGUAACUCUUUACUGAUGUUACAUUAAUCCACACAUGAACAGUUUAUAAAAUGGUCUUCGAAUGUUCAAGCUUAAUUCAUAUUUAAUUUAUGUGUUAUAUAUUGCAGGUUUGUGAUGAGCCAAUGGCAUACAUGUAUGAUACGCCAGGUAGAAAUUUCUUGGUUUACAACCAUGUCGCAAUUAAAGGCGGCCGUGUUGGUGGCCAAUGCAAUAAACGUUUAUUAUAUAAUUUACAUGAAAAUGAAGUUUAGUUCCCAGAGGAAAGAAACGCUUUUGUUUGGCUGCCAUGACAUAAUGUGCAAAGCAGCAAUAAACUGCAAACACUUGUAGAAUGUACUGAAAAAACCAAGCUGGGACCUGCUACAGUUACACAGUUUUUGAUUGCUAUAUUAACAUGUAUGUAUGGCUUUUUUCAUCUCCUUAAGGUAUCAUGGCUCCGUACAUACCAACAGCAGAAGUGGGAAUGAAAUUGGCUUUAACCGGUACUGUUUUUAUUACUGUUAAAGUGUCUGUGAAAAAUUAGCAAGACACGUUUCUACAUUGUUUCUAAGCUGAACUAAAGUGUUCUGUCAACCAUAAAGCCUUUUACAAGGUGCAUGCUUUCUUGGCUGCAAUUAGAUCAUGUGGAAAAUUAAACAGGUUGUUUUGUUAUUGUGGAAUGAACUUACAUAAGUAGUUGACUCAAUAAAAAAAAACUUAAGACAUUGAUUUUAAAGUGUCACAUUACUUGUAUUUCUUUUGCAGGAUGUUUUAAAGACCAUGUCGUGGGUGAAGAUCUCAUUGCUGACUAUCUGUUAUUCACUUUGAAUAAACAGAAGUGUUUCAAGUGAGUUAUAAAUGAGAACUAUUUAAACUAUUUAUUUCUAUCCAUUUUCAACUUCAACUAGUUGACAUUAGAUCUAUGGAUCCUUUGGAUACUUUGUACUACAAUGGUGGCAUGACAGUUGGAAUUCCAUGUGUAUUCAUGUCAUUAAUUUUUUUUUAGUGAACAUUGUACAAACCAGCAUCUAAAUUUGUACUAUGAUUGCUGCCAAAUCAAAAUAAGGGCCAUUAGAAAGAGUUUCAAUCAGUUUGAACCAUCUUUUGUUACAGACAGUCUUCUUAUCACUUUAGCUGACUUUCUAGUGGUAUUAAUAUCUUAAUAUAAUGGUAAUAAUGUUAUAUAGCAUUGCUAUAGUUAUUAGCCAAGUAACCAUAAUGUUUUUAUUUUAGAUAUGUUGAUAUGAUUGGUCUCACAGACCCCAGUGAUAGUAUCGAUUUUGUCAUGAGGCAGCUNUUUGCAGGAUGUUUUAAAGACCAUGUCGUGGGUGAAGAUCUCAUUGCUGACUAUCUGUUAUUCACUUUGAAUAAACAGAAGUGUUUCAAGUGAGUUAUAAAUGAGAACUAUUUAAACUAUUUAUUUCUAUCCAUUUUCAACUUCAACUAGUUGACAUUAGAUCUAUGGAUCCUUUGGAUACUUUGUACUACAAUGGUGGCAUGACAGUUGGAAUUCCAUGUGUAUUCAUGUCAUUAAUUUUUUUUUAGUGAACAUUGUACAAACCAGCAUCUAAAUUUGUACUAUGAUUGCUGCCAAAUCAAAAUAAGGGCCAUUAGAAAGAGUUUCAAUCAGUUUGAACCAUCUUUUGUUACAGACAGUCUUCUUAUCACUUUAGCUGACUUUCUAGUGGUAUUAAUAUCUUAAUAUAAUGGUAAUAAUGUUAUAUAGCAUUGCUAUAGUUAUUAGCCAAGUAACCAUAAUGUUUUUAUUUUAGAUAUGUUGAUAUGAUUGGUCUCACAGACCCCAGUGAUAGUAUCGAUUUUGUCAUGAGGCAGCUUGCUGUGAAGCUCCAGGGACCAAGAUCAGGUAAUUGGGCUCUGUUAGGGUAGAAUUUCCACAAGUGACGUGGCCUUGAAACAGUGACAUGAGACUACAUGAAAUGAUGACAAAUAAAAUAGAUGGUUUAAAUACCAACAGGGACAUGGCCUACUCCUCAAAAUGCGAAAAACCAUAUUUAAAAUUCAGACUACGGACAUAUGUACUCUCCUCGCUAGAAGGGCCUUGGUAAUAUGUUAUUUUACAACCAUCCUUUCCAUGGAAGUAUGUGUUGGAAACUUAAAACAUGUUAAAUAAAAGUAAAGUGGCAACUGGAAUGUCACAUUUUGGGAAAAGUAAAACACGCAUCCUAUAUAUAAUUUAUAUUGUUCCUUUUAGGUAGAACGCCAGAUUAUCUAAAAGCCCAUGUUCAUUUCAUCUCAAGAUUCAGAAGAGGACUCCUCGGUAGCACACUGCUAGAUGAACUACCAGAGAGAUGACACUCAGUCAAAACAACUUUAUCUGUUCGCAAAAUAGAG